AGUGCUCGGUUGACCACCGACCGGUACGGUAGUGAGGACGCGAUUCACACAUCAUGGAGUCACCUGAUCCACUGCGAAGUCUUGGUGAGGCUGAGAUAAGAUUGCUGCGAGAAUGCUACCGUCGCGGUCUACCGGGCACGUUGGCGCCAUUUCUGUUCGUUGACAAUCAUCUGAGAUGGUGCGCAACGAUCCGCUCGCGUCCCGCAUCCUGGACCGUAUCGCCCAUCGUGUGGAAACGGUUCUUCACGCUAGCCGGAACCGAUCGGCACGAGUUGACAGCGUCCGGCACGUUUGUGGCAAUUACCGAUGCAGAAAAGUGUCCAACGGUUGUGCUCUGGACGCUUCAAGACGAUCUGUCCGCGUUGAAGCGUGCCCUUAUGGAGACGCGCCGGAUCGAUUGGAGCAGUGAUCCUGCAUUUAGUUGCGUAGCGUUAGAACACUACACGAUGCUUCAGGGCGUUCUGCAGCGGAAAGCACCCCAUCUAGAAUUCCGCAACUCUACAUUCUUCCGUUUGCCCAGUGAAACAGCGAACGGACUGCAAGUAAGCAUUCCGGAGGGUUACGAAUUGCUACCACUGGAUGAAGCGGAUGCCUAUGAAGUGAACGCUACAUGGCCACAUCGUUACGCAGGUUCGGAGGAAUACUAUCGAUCCUUGCUGCGUCUGAACGGUGGACUCGCGCUGACAACGAGUACAGACACGUCAGAUGAUACUGAUAACGCGAGAAGACAACUUGCCGGUUGGAUACUGACGAACGAGUACGGUGCGCUGGCUCAUCUCUACAUCCAGCCUGCCCAUCGAAGCCGAGGCCUAGCAUCGGUGCUGGUGAAGGCUUGGGUGCUUCGCAUGAUAGAAACCUGGCAGAAUGAUAGCGACGCCGAUGGUACGGAAGUGAUUGCGUACAUUCUAGACGCGAACGUAGCAUCGAGAACGCUGUUCCAGAAGCUUGGUUUCAUUGAAAUGUCCAAAUCACGUUGGUCUAAUCCUACUACCAAGUAAUAAGCAUCUCCCUCACUUAGCUCUCGGUUAACAGGUGGGUUUUUACCUUCAAAUCACGCACAUACAAACUAUCGAGCGACUGUUUAUUUGCAACGAAAUUCUAACAGCGAUGCGAUCCAAAAAUAUCUCUUGACCUUUUGGGAGUGAAUUCGACGGACGUUCCGGAAAAGACACGAAGGAUUUGGGAGGUGGGUGUGAAUGUGAUUCAAGUGAGCUGGAAAGCAAUUGGUUCAAACGUGUCUGUGUGUACAGAGAUUUCAAUUCGCGUACAAUUUCCCGUAAGGAGUGGGAGCAAUGAGUGUGGUGGGGUUAAAAAGAGGGACACAAAUUGUCGAAAACAACCAACGGAAAAUAAAAACUCCCAAAAAAAAAAAGGAAACAGCCGGAGCUGGCCGCUGGGGUGUCAACCAAAGAUAAAUCAGUUCAAAUAUAGUUUAUCAUACUAAGCUCCAAAGAAAAAA